UUUUCAACAGAAACUCCGUCUGAAUUGACCUGAAUAAUGAUUAGAGGGCAAAAUGGGAAGGGGGAUGACGACUUCACGAGGAUCAAAAAUCAGAAAGCCGAUGAAAUAGAGGCACGGCGAAGGAUAAUAGAGAAAAGUGCCGAAAGGAAGCGAAGAUUACGUCAACAGCACAUUGAACGCAAAGAAGCAUUAGAAGCGGAAAAACUACAAUAUGCCAAGGCGGCUGGUGAUGUAAAAAUUCGGCAACUUAAACGCACGCAGCGACUAGUCGAGGAGCUUGCACGUCGUAAACGUAAAAGCGCAAUUUUCCUUUAAUUCGUUGUUAGACUGCUGGUGUAUAUGCAUUCAUGGAAAGUUAGAAGCUGCAAAGAUGAACACAAUGCAUAUAAUAUACAAACAUAUACAAAACAUGCAAAGUAUAAUACUCUCUAUAAUGUUUUAUGUUUAUAUGUUUAAUGAUUAUUAUAACUAUAAUGUCUAUAUGUUUGUAAUUAUAUCCACAAAAAUAUGAAUUUGCAUAAAUAGCCGCAGUCCAUUAAUUAUAAAUUUACUUACUGUGCACCUAUUAUUAUAAUACAGAUAUCGAACUGCAAGAGUCAUUAAAGAGUAGAAAGAUAAAAUCUGCUGUUCCAUCUGUAUGUAACGAAGCAUUAGAGAAGAAACACGCAGAAUUGAUAGAAAAAAAGACUCAGGAUGAAGAGAUACAAACUUCUAACCUGUCCAGCCCAUGGGAUGUCGCAGAAGAUUUUGAGAUAAAGCAGUGGCAGAAGAAAUUAAGUUACAAAAGAGAUCUCCAGAACCAACUCCUAGAUAAUCGACGGAGACUGCGUGAGAAAGAAGAGGAGAAGCAUCGUGAGCGAAAAAUAAUGGAAGAAGUUGGUGAGACGAUGCACCAAGAAAAUUUGGAAGCGGAGAAGAGAAAGAAAGAAAUAGCUGCUUUGAUGGAGGCUGAGAAGGAUGCUUUUUUAAAAGCUCGACGAUUUUGGAAAGAGAAGAGGAGGGAGGUUCUGAAGCAGGAACACGAUGAGAUUUUGCGAAUUAUCGCUAAAAGGGAGGCUUUGCAAAAGAGGGAAGCUGAAGGAAAGGCUGAUACACAGGCAGCUAAGGGCGCUAUGUUAGAAAAGAUGAUGAGUAAAUUGAUGGAAGAAGAGCAUAAACGAAUAGAACGGGAAGAAAUUUCCAGGGAAUUGUAUUUGGUAGAGAAAGAACGCAAACUAGCGAGCGAAGCGAUUAAAUUGGCGAUGAAAAAGAAACGUACUGCGAGACAACAACUAGAAGAGAUGGCAAAAACUCAGAGAGCUGUGGCUGAAAGGAAAGCGAAAGAAAAUGCGAUCGACGCUGCUUUUACUAAGUAUUUGGCAGAUGAACGAAAGAAACAGGAAGAAAAGGAAGGUCAAAAGGAGCAAGCACGACGUGAAAAAGGCAUGUAAAUCACCGUUGAUAUCAAAGAUAUAACAUUUGACACGAAACUAACCAACAUGGGUAAGCUUUGCCAUAUUUUAUUUGUAGUUGUCCAAUAUGGAAAUGAAUUGCGUGAGGCUAUAGAGCAAAAUAAAAUGCAACGUUCGAAGGAUGCAGGAAAGAUAGAACGUGAAACUAAUAUUAACGAAACUAAAUGUCAUUCGAAAUCUAACUUGGAAGCAGUGAAAUUUCAGGAGACAAAGAACAAUAUACUUUAAAUAGAAACACUGAAGAUGAAAUUAAAUUUUUAAUUCUACAGCUAUUUAUUGGUAUACAGAUAUAUACAAUGAUGCGCGAAAACCAUCGCUCUCGCGGUUCUUGCGGCUCUCGUCAUUUAUACAAAGUCCGUGUAAAAAUACAGCAGCCCCAUCUUAUAUUGGA